AUGGACCCAUACGCAGCAAAGAAGGCCAGAGCUCUCAAGAAACGGUUGCGAGAGAACGAAUCCGUUUGGGACAAUCUCCAUCAAAUGGAUACGGCGCCGUUAGUAAUAGGCGAGAUCUUUCAGGUCUCCGAUGAAAUGGCUAUUCUUCGUGAUGAAUGUGUUAAAGCCGCUGCGCAGCUCUUUUCAGCCAACCCAAGAAACCCUACGGCGGCGGCGGCGGCGGAUGCAGCCGACGGUGAAUGUGCAGAAAACUCCAAUCACGCGAAGACCAAUGAAGAAGAACAAGACAUUCAUCGCUCUCUGGAGAGAGAUCUUGAAGGUCUCUCUGAAGACGAAGAGGAACCGGAAGACGAAAGCGAUGCGGGAAUUGAAGUCUCCGUUUUAUUGGGCAGCAUUUUCGAUCAAAUUGAUACGGCGCCGUCAGUUUUUGGUGAGAUACUUCAGGUAUCAGAUGAAAUGGCUGUUCUUCGUGAUGAAUGCGUUAAAGCCGCUGCGCAGCUCUUUUCAGCCAACCGAAGAAACCCUACGGCGGCGGCGGCGGCGGAUGCAGCCGACGGUGAAUGUGCAGAAAACUCCAAUCACGCGAAGACGAAUGAAGAAGAACAAGACAUUCGUCGCUCUCUGGAGAGAGAUCUAUUGAGGAUAUCUUGGUGA